AUGGUUGGACGUGGUGGUACCCCAUUUGACCGUGUAUAUAUUAACGUUAGUGUUUUUACCCAAGGUAAUGAUCCCGUGCCACUGGGAGUGAUUUGCCUGCUUGAUACUGGAACCAAUACACCACUUCGAUAUGAAUCGGAAGAGAAAAUCAAGGGAAGAAUAUGGAAGAUGGUGAAUGACAUAACGAAGUUUCAAAAAGUUGACACUGAGACUAUAAAGACCAUGGUAAAUUUUUCUGAGAAAAAAUAUGAGGAAAUAGUCAGGGUGAAUAUGAGGCAAUUC